AUGGACAAACUAUUGAUAUGGAAUGUUAGAGGGUUGGGAACAUCCAUGACUCAACUCAAGGAUAUUAUGUCUAAAUUUAAUCCAAAGAAAUUCUGGCUUUUUUGGGAGGAUGACUUAUUAUUUGAGGAAGUAUCGGUUUCACGUCAGCAUAUUACCGAAAAGGUUGGUGGGAUACCGAGACAAGAUUUACCAAAGCGAGAAUUUAACGACUGUAUAUCAACCUGUGGCCUUCAAGAUCUUCAAACAGAAGCUAUGAUUUUUACAUGUUGUAAUAUGCAAGAAGGAAAAGGAUGCAUUUGGGAGAAGUUGGAUAGAAUCUUAGUUAUUAAUUCUUUCUUAACUCAAUUUGAAGUGGCUUGUGCUAAGGUUUUAUCGAGAUCUAGUUCUGAUCAUUGCCCAUUGUUAGUUCAAUUUUUGGCUCAGCAAGAACGUUAUGGACCACCACCUUUUUAUUUCCAGUGGAUAUGGGUAGACCACGCAGAUUUUCUACCUCUUGUCAAAGAAAAUUGGGAAGAACCAACUAGAAAUUCACCUUUAUUCAAACUUGGAGUAAAAUUGAAGAGGUUAAAACCAAUUUUGCGAAAGUGGAACAAAAGUGGUUUUGGGAAUAUCAAAUGCCGCAUAUUGGAGUUAGAAGACAAAAUUGUUAGGCUCGAAGAUCAAGUAUUAAAUUUCGGUAAUGUGCAGGAUGAAAAGGAAUUAAUUGCAACAAGGCUUGAAUUGAAGGACUGGAUUCGGCGGGAAGAAAGCUUCUUGGCUCAAAAAACUAAAGUGAAAUGGAUAAAAGAGGGGGAUGCUAAUACCAAGUUCUUUCAUGCGUCAAUAGCCAAACGUCGGAAAAAAUCUUGGAAUUACAGCAUGACUUUACAGGAUGGAUCAAAACUUGACAGCCCGCAAUCGGUCCAUGACGGAGCAAUUGAUUAUUUUCAUGAGCUACUUACUAUUGAGAAUGUCAUACCGGAGAUGGAAUUGUUGAAUUCAUUGAUUACACUGAGUAUAUCAUCGGAAGAUAAUAUCAGAUUGUCCGAGACUCCUUCUCGCGAGGAAGUGAAACCUAAAGUCAAGGUUCCUAGCGGCUUUGGAGACUUCAGACCCAUCAGCCUAUGUUCUGUGAUCUACAAAUGCUUCACUAAGGUAAUUGUUAACAGAUUGCCACCUUUACUUCGUAAUUUUAUUUCGAACGAACAAGGGGCUUUCAUUGGGGGUCAAAGUAUUUUCAACUAUAUUGCCCUAGUACAAGAGCUAUUUCGAAGUUUUACAAGAAAGGUUGAGGUGGGAAUGUAA